AUGGUGUGCACCAGGAAGACCAAAACUUUGGUGUCUACUUGCGUGAUCUUGAGCGGCAUGACCAACAUCAUCUGCCUGCUGUACGUGGGCUGGGUCACCAACUACAUCGCCAGUGUGUAUGUGCGGGGGCAGGAGCCCGCGCCCGACAAGAAGCUGGAGGAAGACAAAGGAGACACCCUGAAGAUCAUUGAGCGGCUGGACCACCUGGAGAACGUUAUCAAGCAGCACAUCCAAGAGGCUCCUGCUAAGCCUGAGGAGGUAGAGACUGAGCCCUUCACAGAUUCCUCUUUAUUUGCACACUGGGGUCAAGAGCUCAGCCCUGAAGGCCGCCGCGUGGCUCUGAAGCAGUUCCAGUACUACGGCUACAACGCCUACCUCAGUGACCGCCUGCCCCUCGACCGUCCUCUGCCUGACCUAAGACCCAGUGGGUGCCGCAACCUCUCAUUCCCUGACAGUCUGCCAGAGGUGAGCAUUGUGUUCAUCUUUGUCAAUGAAGCUCUCUCCGUGUUGCUGCGCUCCAUCCACUCUGCCAUUGAACGCACGCCUUCACACCUACUCAAGGAGAUCAUCCUGGUGGAUGAUAACAGCAGUAACGAGACAAGAUAUUCAUGGAGCCCUGCCCUCAUUGGCUGCUUCAUUGUGGAUCGGCAAUACUUCCAGGAGAUCGGCUUACUGGAUGAAGGCAUGGAAGUCUAUGGAGGAGAGAAUGUCGAGCUUGGGAUCAGGGUGUGGCAAUGUGGCGGGAGUGUGGAGGUCCUACCCUGCUCCAGGAUUGCCCACAUUGAGCGAGCCCACAAGCCCUACACUGAGGAUCUCACCGCCCAUGUCCGAAGGAAUGCCCUCAGGGUGGCUGAAGUCUGGAUGGAUGAAUUUAAAAGCCAUGUCUACAUGGCAUGGAACAUACCCCAAGAGGACUCAGGUAUUGACAUCGGGGACAUCACCGCUAGGAAGGCUCUGAGGAAGCAGCUGCAAUGCAAGACCUUCCGGUGGUACCUGGUCAGCGUGUACCCCGAAAUGAGGAUGUACUCGGACAUCAUUGCCUACGGGGUGCUGCAGAAUUCCCUGAAGACUGAUCUGUGUCUUGAUCAGGGGCCAGACACAGAAAAUGUUCCCAUCAUGUACAUCUGCCAUGGGAUGACACCUCAGAAUGUGUACUACACAAGCAGUCAGCAGAUUCACGUAGGCAUUCUGAGCCCCACGGUCGAUGACGAUGACAACCGGUGCCUGGUAGAUGUCAACAGUCGUCCACGGCUCAUCGAAUGCAGCUAUGCCAAAGCCAAGAGAAUGAAGCUUCACUGGCAGUUCUCUCAGGGAGGCCCCAUCCAGAACCGCAAGUCCAAGCGCUGUCUGGAGCUACAGGAGAACAGUGACAUGGAGUUCGGUUUCCAACUGGUGCUGCAGAAGUGUUCAGGCCAGCACUGGAGCAUCACCAACGUCCUGCGGAGCCUGGCGUCCUGA